AUGGCCAAGGCUCUGAACGUCUCGCCGUCUCGCACCAUGAUGAUCAUGAACGUCGUCAAUAUCGCAAACCUCUUCGCGGACCGAAUUCCACCCGCCACCGUUUGUCUCGGUAACACAGGAUCUCUCGCUAAUACCAUGUUUACUGCUAGACAAGCUGUCGACGAUGAGGGAAUUGCCUAUGUAUCGUCCAAGCUCCGUCAGGAUCUUAUCAAGCAUAGGACACUAGAACAAGUGGAUGCCUUGGUGGCUAUCCAGAAGCUCUCCCUGUCGAAGGUAGCGUCGUCGCUCAUUGGAGGUGGGAAUAUACUAUUCCUGCCAUGUUCGAACCACCACAAAGGCCGUUAUUUCGAAGCAGACUUUUCUGCUGCGCUUGGUCGGCAGGGUCAAGACGGCUCCCAUAUUCGCGGAAGACCGUCUUUCGUCAACGAUGCCUAUUAUUGUUCGGGGUAUCCGACGAGGAAUUUUCUCAGGGUGCUUGGGAAGAACGCAAACGGGGACUGGUGGUUAGCAUGUAAUACUCGAGCUGGUGCUUGGUCUGGUAUCCAGAAGGAGUUGCUGGCGUUGGUGGAAUACAGCGAGUGUUGA